GGAGGCGUCGCCGGAGCGCAGGGCGGGGAGCGGGUGCCCGCGGGCGCCCAGACCUGCGCUGGACGCCGGUCCCAGCCCACGAGUCUGCGCCCCGCCGGGCCCUUGGCCUCGGGAAUCCCCGCCGGACCCCAGCGCGGCCUCGAUGGAGCUCCGCCCGCCGCCCUCGACCUCCCUGUCGCUGCUGCUGCUGCUGCUGCUGCUGCCGCUGCCGCUGCCGGCGGCGCCCGCGGCCGGGAGCCCCUGGCAGUGCCCGCGCAUCCCCUACGCCGCCUCCCGCGACUUCGACGUGGAGUACUCGGUGCCCCGCUUCUCGGCCGGCGGCCCGGUGCAGGCGCUGGCCACCUACGAGGGCGGCCAGGACGGAAGUGCCGUGUUCGUGGCCACGCGCAACCGCCUGCACAUGCUCGGCCCGGACCUGCAGCCCCUCGAGAGCCUGGCCACGGGCCCUGCCGGCCACCCCGGCUGCCAGACGUGUGCGGCCUGCGGCCCGGGCCCCCACGGCCCGCCGGGGCACACGGACGCCAAGGUGCUGGUGCUGGACCCGGCGCUGCCCGCGCUCAUCAGCUGCGGCUCCAGCCUGCACGGCCGCUGCUUCCAGCUCGAGCUGGAGCCGGGGGAGCCGGCCCCGCGCCUGGCGCCGCCUGCCUGCCUCUUCUCGGCCGACCGCAACCGGCCCGAGGACUGCCCCGACUGCGUGGCCAGCCCGCUGGGCACCGUGGCGACCGUGGUGGAGCAGGGCCGCGCCUCCUACCUGUACGCGGCGUCCUCGCUGGACGCGGAGGUGGCCGCGCGCUUCAGCCCCCGCUCCGUGUCCAUCCGCCGGUUCAGGGCCGACGCCUCGGGGUUCGCACCCAACUUCGAGGCCCUGUCGGUGCUGCCCGCCUACCUGGCUUCCUACCGCAUCGACUACGUGUACAGCUUCCACGCGGGCGACUUCGUCUACUUCCUGACGGUGCAGCGGGCCAGCGUGUCCGCCGCGCCCGGCGUCCUGCACACGCGCCUGGCCCGGCUCAGCGCCGUCCAGACCGACGUGGGCAACUACCGCGAGCUGGUCCUGGACUGCCGCUUCGAGCCCAAACGCCGGCGCCGCGGGGCGGCCGAGGGCGGGCAGCCCUACCCGGUGCUGCGGGCAGCGCACACGGCUCCCGUGGGCGGCCACCUGGCCGGCGAGCUGAGCGUCUCCGAGGGCCAGGCCGUGCUGUUCGGGGCCUUCGGGGCCGGCGGAGGCGGCGGCGGCGGCCGCGCGGGCCCCAGCUCCGUGGUCUGCGCCUUCCCCAUCCCGCUGGUGGACGCGCUCAUCGAGCAGGGCGUGGAGCGCUGCUGCGCGGCGCGCGCCCCCCAGGGCCUCCGGCGAGGCCUCGACUUCUUCCAGGCGCCCAUCCUGUGCCCCAACCCGCCGGACCCCACGGCGCCCAGCACCAACGGCAGCUGCUACCGCUUCCCCCUGCUGGCCAGCAGCAGCCUCUCCCGCGUGGACCUAUUCAACGGCCUGUUAGGACCGGCGCAGAUCACGGCGCUGCAUGUGACCAGCCUGGACAACGUCACAGUGGCCCACAUGGGCACGAGUGACGGGCGCAUCCUGCAGGUGGAGCUGGCCAGGUCUCUCGGCUACUUGCUGUACGUCUCCAACUUCUCCCUGAGCAGCAGUCAGCAGCCCGUGCAACGGGAUGUCCGUCGCCUUGGGAACCACCUGCUCUUUGCCUCUGGGGACAAGGUCUUCCAGGUCCCCAUCGGGGGGCCCGGCUGCCACCACUUCCUCACCUGCGGGCGCUGCCUGCGGGCGCUGCGCCUCACGGGCUGUGGCUGGUGUGGCAGCAUGUGCGGCCGGAAGGAGGAGUGUCCCGGCUCCUGGCAGCAGGACCACUGCCCACCUGAGCUUAUCGAGUUCUAUCCUCACAGUGGACCCCUACGGGGCAGCACCAGGCUGACCCUGUGUGGCUCCAACUUCUACCUGCACCCUGACGGCGUGGUGCCUCAGGGCACCCACCAGGUCACCGUGGGCCAAAGUCCCUGCCGACUGCUGCCCAAGGACAGCUCAGAGCCCAGCCCCGUGUCCUGGAAGGGCUUCAUAGAGGAGUUUGCGUGUGAGCUGCAGCCCCCGGGCACGCAGGCAGCUGGGCCUGUCAACGUGAGCCUCACCGUGACCAACAUGCCACGGGGCAAGCACUUCCGGGUCGACGGCGCCUCCAUGCUGCCGGGCUUCUCUUUCCUGGAGCCGGUGCUGAAGGAAGUGCACCCCCUCUUUGGCCCGCAGGCCGGGGGCACCCGCCUCACCCUUAAAGGCCACAGCCUGGCCAUAGGCACCAGCCGGGCUGUGCUGGUCAAUGGGAACGAGUGCCUGCUGGACGGGGUCAGCGAGGGGCAGCUGGUAUGCACGAUGCCGCCCGGUACCGCCCGGUCCAGCGUUCCCAUUCGCCUGCAGGUGGGGGGCGCCCAGGUGCCGGGCUCCUGGGCCUUCAACUACCGGGAAGACCCUGUCGUGCAGGGCAUCAGCCCCAACUGCGGCUACACCGGCUCCCACGUCACCAUCCGUGGCCAGCAUCUGACCUCGGUGUGGCGCCUGGCACUGUCAUUCCACGACGGGCUGACGGCCGUGGAACACCCGUGUUUGGGGCAGCGCCCGGAGACGCAGCGGUGCCGCCUGCCCGAGUACGUGGUCCGCAGUGCCCAGGGGUGGGUGACGGGGAACCUGAGUGCCCGGGGGGAUGGAGCAGCUGGCUUCACACUGCCUGGCUUCCGCUUCCUGUCCCCGCCCCACCCACCCAGCACUGACCUGGCCCCCCUGAAGCCGGAGGAGCGUGCCAUUAAGUUCGAGUACAUCGGCCUCGGAGCUGUGGCCGACUGCGUGGACGUGAGCGCCACCGUGGGUGGUGAGAGCUGCCAGCUCGAGCUCCGGGGCGACGUGGUCAUCUGCCCCCUGCCCCGCACCCUGCGGCUGGGCAAGGACGGCGCCCUCCUGCAGGUCUGCGUGGACGGCGACUGUCAGGUCCUGGGCAGAGUGGUGCGGCCAGGCCCCGGGGUUCCCCUGCAGAAGACGCUCCUGGGUGUCCUGCUGGCCCUGGUCCUGCUCGUGGCUCUGCUGGCCGCUGCGCUGGUCUUCAACUGCCGGAGGCGGAAGCAGCUGGCCCUUUCUGCGAACCCGGACGACCUGGCUUCUUUGGACCAAACCGCCAGAGGCCUGCCUCUGUCUCCGUUCCGGGCAGGCUCCGACUACAGACACGGCCCUGGUGAGACGGGGCGCCUCCGCAGCCGCAGCCGGGGCCAGCGCCCCGCCCCUCCAGCGCCUCACUCCCCCUCCUCCGCAGCAACUCCCACCGAGGACGGUCUGGAUGCCACCUGUCGGGGCCACGCGGUGUCCUUCUCAGACAGCGGGGACGGGUCCUGUGUCCCGCUGCUUCGGACCAAGUCCAUCCAGCUCGGGGACCUGGACCCUGUGCUCCUGGCCGAGGUCAAGGAUGUGCUGAUCCCCCAUGAGCGCGUGGUCACCCACAGUGACCGAGUCAUUGGCAAAGGCCACUUCGGGAUUGUCUACCACGGAGAAUACGUAGACGAGGCCCAGAAUCGAAUCCACUGUGCCAUCAAGUCAUUGAAUCGCAUCACGGAGGUGCAGGAGGUGGAGGCCUUUCUGCGGGAGGGGCUGCUCAUGCGCGGCCUGCACCACCCGCACGUGCUGGCGCUGGUGGGCAUCGUGCUGCCGCCGGAGGGGCUGCCCCGCGUGCUGCUGCCCUACAUGCGCCACGGAGACCUGCUCCAGUUCAUCCGCUCGCCCCAGCGGAACCCCACGGUGAAGGACCUCGUCAGCUUCGGCCUGCAGGUGGCCCGCGGCAUGGAGUACUUGGCCGAGCAGAAGUUCGUGCACAGGGACCUGGCUGCUCGGAACUGCAUGCUGGAUGAGUCUUUCACGGUCAAGGUGGCCGACUUCGGCCUGGCCCGCGGCGUCCUGGACAAGGAAUACUACAGCGUGCAGCAGCACCGCCACGCGCGCCUGCCGGUCAAGUGGAUGGCGCUGGAGAGCCUGCAGACCUACCGCUUCACCAGCAAGUCCGAUGUGUGGUCAUUUGGUGUGCUGCUAUGGGAGCUGCUGACACGGGGUGCCCCGCCGUACCCCCACAUCGACCCUUUUGACCUCACUCACUUCCUGGCCCAGGGCCGUCGCCUGCCGCAGCCUGAGUAUUGCCCAGACGCUCUGUACACCGUGAUGCAGCGCUGCUGGGCAGCGGACCCCGCGGCACGCCCCACCUUCAGGACGCUGGCGGGAGAAGUGGAGCAGGUGGCCGCCGCCCUGCACGGGGACCACUACGUGCAGCUGUCCGUGGCCUACGUGAACCUGGGCCUCGCCGCCUCCGAUGAGCCCAGCGCGCCCCCGGAACUGCCCCCGGCCCCACGUGUGCACAGGAGCCCCGGCCGGCCUCGGCCCCUCUCAGAGCCGCCGAGGCCCACGUGACCUCGGCCCCAGGCAGGCCCUGAGGGGCUGGACCUGCAUCACCCCUCCAGGGAGCUAACCCCAUGCCGUGCCAAGGGGUGGCCCCAGCUGCCCACUGCUCUGUUCCUGACCCUUGACCUUCAGGCUGUAGCAGGGGGGCAAGGCACACGGACGCCUCCCUCCACAGAGGGAGCCUUGUGGGUGCUCCUUGCGCACUUAGGGAGCUCCCACUGUGUGCCUGGUCUCGGGGCGCAGGGGACUCAACUGUGACGCUGGCCCAUGAGCCAGUCAAUGAGUGACUUUAAGCAUAAAUUCUGGCAAAUGCUCUGAAAGAAAAAGACAGAUGGCCCUGGCCCGUGUGGCUCAGGUGGUUGAACGUCAUCCCGUGCACCAAGAGGUUGCUGGUUCAAUUCCUGGUUGGGACACAUGCCUGGGGUUGCGGGCUCAAUCCCCAGUAAGGGGCGUGCAGGAGGCAGCUGAUUGAUGUUUCUCUCUCCCUCCCUCUCUCUCUAAAAUCAAUAAAUAUAUAUAUACUAGUGGCUGGUGCACGAAAUUCGUGCACAUUAAAAGGAGGACCCAGAGUCAAGUCCCCGCCUACCCACAUGUGCCUCAAAAUCACAUGAGACCCAGACCCAGCCACCCCCCCACACUUUGGGCUAGAUCCAGACCUGGCCAGUCCAACCUUUGUCAAGCCCUGCCAGGCAGGGGGCAUAGCCUCAGGUCCCCUGGCACCAGGAUGGGGGGCGUAGCCUGAGGUCCCCCAGAUGGGGCGGGGGGUGUGCCUUGAGGUCCCCCAUCAAGCCCCAUCAGGUGGGGGACAUGGCCUGAGAUCCCCUGUCAAGCCUCGCUGUGUGUGGGGGGGGCGCAGCCUCAGGUCCCCCGGCCUGGCACUGGGAUGGGGGUGCAGCCUCGGGUCCCCCAUCAAGCCCCGCUGAGCGGGGGGCGUGGCCUGAGUUUCCCCGACCCAGCACUGGGGGUGCACCUUGAGGUCCCCCGUCAAGCCCUGCUAGGUGGGGAGCACAGCCUGAGGUCCCCUGUCAAGCCCCGCCAGGCAGUGGGGUGCAGCUUCAGGUCCCCUGGCCUGGUGCUGGGAAGGGGGUUGCAGCCUGAGGUCCCCUGUCAAGCCCUGCUGGGUGGGGGGCGAGGCCUGAGGUCCCCUGUCAAGCCCUAUGGGGGCAGGGGAGGGCAUAGCCUCAAGUCCCUGCUGAUUGCUCAUUAAGGCUCCUUAAGGGAAUGUGGCCUCAGCUGUGGGUGAAGCCAUCUUUGUGACGGAGUGAUGGUCAAUUAGCAUAUUCCCUCUUUAUUAGAUAGGUUAUUUUAAAAAGCAGGUGGCUUUGGGGGAAUGGAAGGCAGCAUUAGGUGGAAAGGUGAAUACAGCCCUGGCAGGUGUGGCUCAGUAGAUAGAGUGUCGGCCUGCAGACUGAAGGGUUCCAGCUUUGAUUCUGGUCAAGGGUGCAUGCUGGGGUUGUGGGCUCGAUCCCCAGUGUGGAGUGUGCAGGAGGCAGCUGAUCAAUGGUUCUCUCUCGUUGAUGUUUCUAUCUCUCCCUUUCUCUCUGAAACCAAUAAAA